AUGGCAGAUAACGAGGAUGCUGCGAAAGCCGAAAAGCUUGCAGCAGCUAAAAAAAGGGUAUCAAGACCCCCACCCCUUGAUGACACCGUCGCACAACUGCAGAAGCAGAAAGCCAAAAAAGCAGCAAAGAAGGAGAAACCAUCUGGAGAGUCGAGUAAGGGCUUACCUGUCCCAGACGCCGCCAGCACAUCAGAAAAACCGGAUGAUGCGCCCCAGGAUGUUUCAAAUCUAGAGGUAGAGUCAGAAGCGAAAACAAAGACACCGGACAAAUUGGAUGACGCGGCUCCGGAGACUUUUCCGGAUGCUUCUCCAGGGGAUGCUGCUGAAAGUGGAGAGCGUCCCGGCGAAGAUGAAGUUUCUGCGUCGGAAUCUCGCCAACGUCGCCAGCCGUCCCUCUCAAUUCAGUCCAAAAUUCGGUCAUCAUCAUUCCGAGAUGCGUCUAUUUCGCAAACAGGCCUGACACCCACUGGAUCUGCAAUAAAAUCACCACCCUUACCUCCACUGAGCCCUGGUGGUAACACUGCACCGGAGCUAUUCAGAAAACAGGCUCUAAAACUGGAAGAGCUAGAGAAGGAAAAUAAACGGCUGGAAAAGGAGCUAGCCACAGCGACUGCAAAAUGGAGGAAGUCGGAAGAGCAAUUGGAUGAUUUACGGGAAACGAAUAGCGAGACGGUGGAAUUAAAAGACAAACUGACGGCAGCGGAGAAAAAGGCUGAGGAGAUCGACCAGCUGGCAAGUCUAUACCCAUUCUCUUUUUGUGUGAUGAGUGCUAAUACCUGGCAGAAAGCUGAGAUUUCGGCCUUACAACGUCAAAAUUCCCAUCUCCACACGAAAUCGCAAAGGUCAUCGAGUAAUGCUGCCACCUCAGCCGAUGCUGAUUCGUCUCUCUCUGCGCUACAAGAACAGCUAGAUUCUAAAUCUUCUACAAUUGAAGCUAUGGAAUUAGAAAUAUCGAACUUGCGUGGCCAAUUGUCAUCACAAGCUGAAAACACAUCUGAAUCCGAAAAACAAAUAUCGACCUUAAAACACGACUUAGAUUUAUCCAAAGCUGCUCUUAGAAAGGAGCAGCAGGAACAUACAUCCACGAGAAAUUCAAUGAACAGAAUGAUCGAAAAGACCAUGAAUGAGGGCGUUACUCAGGCUUCAACCCAAACACUUAUCAACAACUUGAAAGCCGAACUGGAGCUGACGAGCAAUGCAAAGACAGAGGUGGAAAAAAAGACGUCCUCUCUAGAAAAGAAACUUGACGCUCUCGGCAAUCUCCAUAAAGAGUCGGAAAUCCGACAUCAAAGCCGGCUGAGGGAGCGAGACAAGUUCGAAAAAGACGUCCUAGCAUUAAGAAGAAGGCUCGUAAUUUUCGAAAAUGAAAAUUUACGACUGAAGGAAGAACGCGACAGGGUUCAAAAGCGCUAUGUGGCAAAUACAGGUGAUGAUGAAACCCUUGAUGAGCUUGAAGAUGAAGAGCGGACCCGCUUAGAGCGAACUAUUCGAGAUCUUGAAGGAGAAGUUUUUGAUCUUCGACGUGGUAUUUGGAAAGAAAGGAAACGUGAGCUUGCUGCAGGUGGCCAACCAAGUAGCACAGAUGCUACUGACGCCCUAUCUAACCCUGGGAGUACCUUUGACGACGUAGAUCUGGUCGGCGGUCUUCCUGGUAGCUCCGAUCAUUCGCGUCGCCGAAGUGCUGCUUUCCAGAAGCCUCGCCAACACUCCUCAUUUGCCACUGUUCUCUCCAGCGGGAUUGCUGCCUUUACCGGGAGUGGCACAACACAUCCCCACCACUCUUCAUCUAGUGGAGCCCACAAUAGCCUUGAUUUCCUUUCUGAGAAAGAGACUGAUUUCUUAGACGAUGAUGACAUGUUUGACGAAAACGCUUUUGCUAGAGCACAGGCAGAAGAAGAGCAGAGGAAGCGGGCCGAAUGGGAACGAGACGUAAAACGCAAAGUUAAGGAAUGGAAAGGAUGGAGAUUAGACUUGGUCGAGUGUCGCUAUGGCGCUCAUGGUGCCGGCCUAGGUUUUGGGGAGGUUUUCGAUAUUUAA